UCGAGACUCUGAAUCCAGCACCGAGACCCAAUAAAACCUAUCUAUCUUCUUUGUCGUACUAUUUUUUAGCCGUGAAUAUCCACACUCGCAUAAACUAUCCCCAGAACUGCGGAAACUACUACUAUCUACUACUCUCCGUAGAGGUUCAGGCCAUGACGGUGCAGUCGCCAUGUGCCGAUGCGGAAAAAGCUCAAGGCAAGGUGCCGAUGAGGAAAAAGCUCGAGGCAAGGUCGCGGAGGAAAACUGGAAAGCGCUGAAUGAAGGGCCCCACAUGUGUCCAGCUGUUGCGCACCUGCUUACGCCGUAUGCCCACAGCAAGCGGCAUAGUUGCAGUCACCCAUCACUUCCACCAACUUCUUACCAAGAGCAUCGAGCAGCCGCGAUGCACAACUGAGGCAGAAGUACUCAGCGGACGGGACUGGUUCACAUUUAGUGCGGGUGAACCAUUAAGAUUAAGACUUAUGUGUACCACGCGGGUAAAAAGGAGUUGAAACCGGCAGUGGUACAGGGUUGUGCCACACAAGGUUGUGCCACCCCACCCCAACCUGUUCGCCUCUGCAGACCCACUUUGACUCACCUAUCUGCCCCUUGCGGCUCUGAUAUCUCAGCAUACGCGGCACACGCAGCAAUGUUCGUGUGACCUGCUCAGGGUCAAAGUAGUCGCCAUGGUGCAACACCGGGACCGCCGCCUGCUCAAGGCCAAGCUCCCCCUCCACCGCAGGUACCUGCUCAACAGCAUUCUGCAGCUGGGCCCCACCUUCAUCAAGGUCGGCCAGCUGUUCAGCACCCGCUCCGACCUGCUACCCGCUGAGUUCGUGCAGGAGCUGUCCACACUGCAGGACCGGGUCCCCGCCUUCCCCGCCUCCCGGGCGCUAGCCAUCAUCCAGGAAGACCUGGGCCGACCCGUGGGUCAGCUCUUCGCCGACUUUGACCCGCGACCCAUCGCAGCGGCCAGCCUGGGGCAGGUGUGAGGGAGGGCGAGGAGCGGGGGCCCUGAUGACCUUCCUGACCUCUCUGACCUUAUAUGGCUUGUAGGAGUGUGUUAUUCACGCUGUGGUUGGAGAAACAUGCCACGAAAUGGCCAAGUGGAAAGCAGCCGGCUAGUCCGUGCCACACUGCAACCGUGCCACCGUGCCUCCCCCACCUCCCUCCCUCCCCUGUAGUAUCCUUGAGUCUUGAAGUCUUGAGAUAAGUAACCGUUCCAGUAGUCCAUAUACUGGAGGUGGUGACAACCACCGGUUGGUAGAUCAGAAUAAUAUAGGGCGGCUAUGAAGCCGUACAGUUACAGAUGCCGGACGGAAACCAGAAUGCUUCCAAGACCAACCAGUAGUAGUACCUACAGAUAAUCUGUUCAUUAUCUGUAGGUAAUGAACAGAUUACAUUACACCAGCAGCACAGAUGCUACGAUAUGACCAGACGACAUAUCCCCGUUACAUGUCCAGAUGCAUGCAACCUGUCAUCAGAAUGACAGCCGAGUGCCAGACGCACAGUAAGCACAGAUGCUUAGUAUAAAUCAGACAGCAAGUAGUAAGCUCCAGCAUGCGCUAUACUACAAGUGCUCCCCCUCUAGGAGGCAGCGUCCUCGCGCCGACCAGAAGCACGGAGACGAACAGUAGUCAGCUCUUCUGCGAGAUCAGGGGUGAAGUUCUUAGCAGGUUCCCAGCUGUUGUGCUCAGAGGAGUAGCCAGCCCAUUUGACCAAGUACUCAUGCACGUUACGCUUACGGCGUCCCUUGCCGACCUUGCGAAGCCGGUAAUCUAAGACACGUUCAACAGUAAACAGAGGCUCACUGCGUACCCAAGCAACAGGACCCGGUUCAGCAGCAGACGUGGCAGAAUCCCCGCGAUAAGGCCGUACCAGAGACACGUGGAAGGUGGGGUGAAUGCGCAUAUCCUCAGGCAAGCGCAACUCAACCGCAGCGUUGCCCACCAUACGUACCACCGGGUAAGGUCCAAUCCACCGAGGCAGCAGCUUACGAGAACCAGACACCUGCGGCCGUAGAUUCUUCGUACUCAGCAUGACCAGCUGCUCCGGCUCGAAGGUAACGUCCUGCUUGCUCCGGUUGUAGUACUCAGAACUACGUUGCUGGGCAGCAUCCAGACAAGCCUUAGCGUCAGCAAUGCGUGAAACGAACGACUUAACGAACGUCUUGGCUUCAGGCACAGAUACCUCAAGCUCACGCCACAGAGGCACAGAGGGGUGGAAACCGUAAUUCAGGAAGAAGGGAGUUUCGCCAGUUGACCGGUUAACAGCGUUAUUGAUGGCAAACUCAGCAGCAGUCAGAUGAGAGUCCCAAGUGCUAGGGUUACGUCCAGCAAAGUUACGUAGCAUGUCACCCAGUACCCGGUUAAUGCGCUCCGUCUGUCCGUCAGUCUGGGGGUGGUAAGCAGUCGAGUUGUUAACACGGAAGUCAAGCAGCUCAGCCAGCGCUUUCCAAAACUUACUCACGAACUGCGGACCGCGGUCAGACACCACGCUCUUAGGCAGCCCAUGCAACCGAACCACGUUAUCCAGGAACAAACGAGCCAAGAUCAGUAGUGCAGGUGGUGGUAGUGGGCACCAGAUGUACCAUUUUGGUCAGCCGAUCCACCAAAACUAGCACCGCGUCGUACUCCCCCUCAGGUUUAGGACGCGCCACGACAAAGUCCAUUGACACGCUUUCCCAAGGCGCAUCAGGAACAGGCAGAGGUUGCAGAAGCCCAUGGCCCUUACCGGACAGGACCUUGUUGCGCUGGCAGCUGUCGCAGCUCGCCACAAAGUUCUCCACGUCCUUAGCCAACCGAGGCCACCAGAACUUGCGACGCACCAGCUCCAAAGUACGAGAGUAGCCAGGAUGCCCAGACAGCGGACCCGCAUGGGAACAGUGAACCAUGGGUCAGUGGCAUACGCACGCAGAAUGCGCUUACCAAAAUCCUUCGCGUACUCAGGACUAGGGUCAGGCAGAACAGGCGCAACAGGCUCAACAGGCAGAGCGGGGACAGGAAUAGGCAGCGGCGCAGCGUCCGUAGCAGCAGGAGGGUCAAGAGCCAUACCUUCCGUUGCUGCAGGCUCAGCAGCCUUAGCCGCCUUCGCAGCCUGUCGACGAGUCACGACCGCGAGCACCAGGUUAUGCAGGGCAGGGUGACGGCUCAAGGCAUCAGCCACGACGUUAAGGUUUCCCUUGCAGGACUCCCACUUAUAGUUGAAGCGAGCCAAGUAUUCCAUCCAGCGAGCCUGCCUGCGGUUCAGAGUUGGCGUGCCUUGCAGAAAGGUUAGCGGUUUGUGAUCAGUCUUCAGGGUAAAGGGAUUGCCUUCCAGGUAACAGCGCCAUUCACGCAAUGCAUGCAGUACGGCAAGCAACUCCUGUUCGCCCGUGGUGUAGUUGCGCUCAGCAGAUGAGAACUUCUUGCUAGUAUAGGCGACAGGCCGCCCUUCUUGCAACAGAACUGCACCCGUACCAUGCAAGGAAGCAUCAGUAACCACCUCAACACGGAACGGCAGCGAGAAGUCAGGGAAACGCAACACAAUGUCCUCAGAGACAACACGUUUGAUGACGUCAAAAGCAGCUUGACACUCAGCAGUCCAGGCGUCAGGCUUCGAAAAGGCAUCCUUACGGGUCAGAGCAGUGAGAGGUGCGGCAACAGCAGAGUACCGCGGAAUGAACUUACGAAAGUAGUUGGUCAGCCCCAAAAACUUACGCAGCUCCUGCAGGUUCUUAGGCACAGGCCAGUCCCGUACGGCAGCCGUCUUACGGGGGUCCAUGCGUACACCGUCCGACGCCACGAUGUGCCCAAGAUAUCCGACUUGCGGCUGCGCCCAGUGGCACUUCGAAAGCUUAGCGUAAAUAAAGCUGCUUCCGCCGCAGAGUGUCCAGCACGACCCGCAGAUGGUCCAGAUGCUCCUCGAGCGUCUUCGAGUAAACCAGCAAGUCGUCAAGGUAGCAGACAACGUACUUGCCGAUCUUGUCGCCGAACAUACGAUCCAUGCAGGCCUGGAAAGUAGCAGGGGCGUUGACUAGGCCAAAGCUUAGUACCGUAAACUCGAAGUGACCGAAAGGGGUGCGAAAAGCAGUCUUAGGGAUGUCCGACUCAGAAAUCCGGAUCUGGUUAUACCCUUGCUGCAAGUCAACAGAUGAGAAGUAACGAGCCCCCUUAAGCUUGUCAAGCAGGUCAUCCACCCGUGGCAGUGGAUAACGGUUCUUCACCGUGCUCGCGUUCAGGCCCCUAUAGUCAAUGCACAUGCGCAGGGAACCAUCCUUCUUACCCACGAACAGAAUAGGCGACGAGUAAGGCGAAGUACUGGGACGUACCAUACCUUUAGCCAACAGGUCAGUCACCUGCCGCUUUACCUCAUCCAGCUCCUUGGGGCUCAGGCGGUACAUGGGCCGCGACACAGGCUGUGCUCCGGGCAUCAGGGGAAUGGUGUGGUCGACCGGCCUCAUGGGUGGCAGUCCAGGGACCUCACGGAACACGUCGGCGUACUCCUCCAGAAGCGCUUUCACUGCAGGCUCAACGCUCUCAGCUUGCGGGGCAGCAGCGUUAGCAAACAAGCGAGGACGCACCAGCAACCCAUGUGCCCCCUUGCGCAAGAGACGGGUAGCCUCCUUACGCCCAACACGCUCAGGAUCAGCAUGCGAACAGAUAGCAGCGGCAGCAAAGCUAACGCUCGGGUGGAGCCGUGAAGGACACACGAUACAGUAGUCGUCCCUUGCGCAGAACAAGAGACUGUGUGCGGAAGUCCAAGGAUAAGCCGUAUUGCCUCAUGGUAGCCGUACCCAGGAUGUACGACGCCGCAUCAGUCAUGGAAGGCAACACGUGCGGCUGGACAGACAACCUAACCGCCCCCACAGCAAGUCGCAGCGUGACCUGCCCCAAGAUGGCCUGCUUACCUCCAUCGGCCAAGGUCACAUGUUUCCAGGGCGAAGCACGGAUAGUAAGACCCAGCUGAUCCACCACAUCCUUGCCGAUGAAGUCGUGCGUAGCCCCAGAGUCCAGAAGCGUAGUAAGGCUGAGCCCGCCAGCCCGAGCAGUGAUGAGCGGCAGGCUACCUUCUGCGGACAGGGCAGUGACUCGGAGGGCAGUAGCACGGGGCUCAGAAGUCACAGGAGGAGCGGGAGAUGGUGUAUCGUACCAGACUUCAGCAGCGUAUGGAAAACCCGGCAUGGCCCUAGCUUCGCCCUCAAGCGUUAGACCGUUGAACAGGCUCAUACCCGCUGGAAAACGCACCACCCGCUGCAUACCUGUAAGGAGUUCAGAUACCUUAGGCACGUAGUGAGCAGGCAACAAGAUACCUAAGGCUGUGUCAGGGCGACGGCUUUUGCAGCUGCGGUAAUGCUCUAGGUGCGACUGCAAUUCCCGAACAGAAGAGGGGACAGACCAGACCGUGUGCCCUCCUACGUCAACAGAUGAGAGGGAACGUCCGCGCGGCUCGUACAGGUUACAGAGCUCUCGAAAGCCAGCACGAACCACCCGUGCAUCAAACGAGAAACGCCGACCGACCAGAUGUUCGACGUCCUCUAGCACCGUAGGAAGCACCACCCGCGUCUCACGCCAGUCAGAUAGAAACGCAGGUUUGGCAGGUAGUGAAAGGAACCCAGGUAGCAACCCCUCGCUACCUUCCUGGGCAACCCCCUAAGCAGCCGUCUUGUUCUUGCCCUUGCCGUUGCCACCGUUGCCGCCCUUGCCGCCCUUGCCCUUGAACGGACGCUUGCCCUUGCCGUUGCCGUCGUCAGCGUCGUCGGGCUUGUUCGGGCAGUCAGCAGCCCGGUGGUCCGGCGAGGCGCAGUACCAGCAGAGGUUGUUGUCCUCACGGCGCCAGAACUCCUCACGCGUGCAACGGUACUUGCGCAGGAACUCCUUGGGGUCCUUCCCCUCGCGACUGGCCAGGACAGCAGC